AUGGCAUUAAAAUUACCUGAAUUUAUAACAUUAGAUUUUUUGCAAGGCAUCUUCUCGAAGCAUUUCAAUGGCAGUGGAUAUGUCAAAGUCGAACAUUUUUGGGGAGAAUUUGCGACUAAGCGUGGAGAUAAUUACGCAAGUGAUAUGUAUCGGAUUAAUGUCGAUUAUGAGUACAGUGACUGUAAAAGGAGGAAACCGAUUAUAUUAAAGGUGAUGCCAGAAGGUGAAAUCCAAACACUUGUUAUGGUUCAAAACAAACUUUAUCCCAGAGAAAUUCACACGUAUCGUAAUCUACUGGUUGAAAUCGAUAAACUGUUGAGUGACAUAAACGACCAAACAAAAUUUGCACCAACAUGCUUGUACACAGCUUCUGAACCGAAAAUGAUGCUUGCAUUUGAGGAUGUAAAGGAUAAAGGAUACAAAGUUCUACCUCGAAAUCGUUUAUUGAAUUUCGAUCAAUCAUUGCCGUUGAUUGUAAAAUUAGCAAAAUUGCAUGCUGCUUCGGCUGUUCUGUAUGAUAAAAAUCCAGAUAUAAUGGAACCAUAUAUAGAAGGUUCGAUUUCCAGGAACCCAGAACGUCAAGAUUUUCUCGUUCAUUAUCGCAAUUGUGCUCGAGUUUUGGGACUUGUUGCUGAAAAGGAAUGGGGAGGUAUAUGGAAGGAAAUAUCUUUAAAAUUACAAAGAUUUGAAGCAACAAUUGUCGAUAAAGGAUGUGAUGUCUACAUCAGGGACGAAAAAAGCUUUUCAGUAUUUAAUCAUAAUGAUCUGUGGAUUCCAAAUAUUUUCUACAAAUAUGACGAGAAUGAGCUUGUUCAGGAUAUUCUGUUCAUUGACUUUCAAAUGCCAUACUUUGGAAGUCCUGGUAUUGAUUUGAAUUUUAUUCUUUAUGGAUCAUUAACUGAGGAUACAAGAACAUCAUUUAGUAAGAAAUUGCUUCGUGCUUAUCACGAAACUCUUCAAUCUGUUCUCAUUGCACUGGAUUAUAAGAAGAAAAUCCCGACACUACAUGAAAUUCACAUUGAAGUAUUAAAAUGUGGAUUUAAUGGUGUGCUGGCAGCAAUGUGUGAAGUUCCACUUUUAUUCUAUGAGAAUACUGAAGAUUUAGAGAUGGACUUACUUUUGGCUAAUUCCACAAAAGCUGAAGAAUUUCGUUAUUCACUGUUUAAUAAUCCAAGCUAUAAAGGUUUUAUUCAGGCACUAUUACUUGAGUUUGAUGAUCUUGGAUAUCUGGAUUAA